CUCAUUUAAAUUUUGAAUUUCCAGUUUCGAAAAACGGUGCAAGUAAACGUAAAUAGAGACGUGAAUUUAAAAUCGAUGAAACGUGAAAAAAUGGAUUUGAACGAGUAUAAGCAAGAAAUUGAUAACACAGUGAAAAGGUGUGAGGAGCCGUCGAACGGAGAUUUUGAUCGAAAAAUUAGCACUACUUUAGUGUUCUACGUGAACGGAAAAGAAGUAAAAGACAGCAAUGUGGAGCCCGAAUGGACACUGUUAUUUUAUCUCCGAAAUAAGCUUCGCUUGUAUGGAACUAAACUUGGCUGCGCUGAAGGUGGGUGUGGGGCCUGCACUGUCAUGAUUUCCAGAUAUGAUCGGCAACAAAAUAAACUCAUUCAUUUGGCAGCAAACGCAUGCCUGACGCCUAUAUGCGCAGUUCACGGCAUGGCCGUCACUACCGUCGAGGGUAUCGGUAGUACUAGAACCAAACUACAUCCUGUACAGGAGAGAAUAGCAAAAGCUCACGGAUCCCAAUGUGGUUUUUGCACUCCAGGCAUCGUCAUGUCCAUGUAUGCUCUAUUGAGGACAAAACCGUUGCCAACUAUGGAGGAUAUGGAUGUAGCUUUUCAAGGAAAUCUCUGCAGAUGCACCGGUUAUCGAGCCAUCAUAGAAGGUUACAAGACCUUCACAGAGGAAUGGGAAAGAUCACGAGUAACAGACGACGACUGCAAGGAAAGAACUUGUGCAAUGGGCGACGCUUGCUGCAGGCGUGUCUUUACAUCGGAGCCAGAAGAGAUUUUCGACAAAAGUGACUUUUUGCCCUACGAUCCGACCCAAGAACCGAUAUUCCCGCCGAAAUUGCAGCUAUCAUCCGUAUUAGAUGAUGAGUACUUGAUUGUCAAAGGUAAAGAAGUCACGUGGUACAGGCCUGUGAAUCUAAAGGACAUCCUAACAUUAAAGCAUCAGUACCCAAAUUCCAAGAUCAUUGUUGGAAAUACUGAAGUUGGCGUUGAAGUUAAGUUCAAACAGUUCAAGUAUCCUGUUCUUAUUCAGCCAACGAGGAUAAAAGAGUUGUGUGAUAUAACAGAGUUGAAUCAUGCCGUUAGAAUAGGUGCGAGUGUUACUCUAGUGGAAAUGGAAGAGGCACUGCUUGAACAAAUCAAAAACAAAUCUGAAGGGAAAACGAGAAUCUUUCAAUCAAUCGUCGGAAUGCUCAAUUAUUUUGCUGGCAAACAGAUACGGAAUGUUGCUGCCAUUGGAGGUAACAUUAUGACCGGUAGUCCUAUAUCUGACAUGAAUCCGGUAUUGAUGGCUGCAGGUAUUAAAUUAAACGUGUACAGCCUUGAACGGGGAUUCAGAUCAUUGACGAUGGAUCACACGUUUUUUGUUGGCUAUCGACGCAACGUCAUUGCGACAGACGAAGUAUUAUUGUCCAUUGAAAUACCUUACUCCACUCGGGAUCAAUACUUUGUCGCGUACAAACAAUCCAAGAGACGAGACGAUGAUAUUGCCAUUGUGAAUCUGGCGAUGAACGUCCUCUUCGAGCCGGGCACAAGCAUCGUAGCAAAAGCCUACAUGGCUUACGGAGGCAUGGCGCCGACUACGAUAUUAGCUAGGAAAACGUGUGACGCUAUGAUUGGAAAGAAAUGGAACGAGAAUUUAGUAGAAACCGCGACUGGAAUGCUCAUCGACGAAUUGCCAUUAUCAGGUGACGCACCCGGUGGUAUGGUCUUAUAUCGGCGUUCGCUUACUCUGAGCUUAUUCUUCAAAGGUUUCGUGUACAUAACGAAAAAACUACGAAACAGCAUCCACGAUGUGGACCCCAUACCAAAAGAGCUUGAAAAUGCCGGUGAUGGCUUUCAGUAUCAGCCACCAAGUAGUUCUCAAUAUUUUCAAGUGGCACCAAAGGAUCAAGUCGAUACUGACUUAAUUGGUCGGCCCAUAGUUCACAUAAACGCAUACAAGCAAGCAGCCGGCGAAGCCAUAUACUUAGACGACAUACCAAAAAUAUCUGGGGAAUUGUACUUGGCUUUCGUUUUAUCUACGAAAACUCACGCCAAGAUUAUCAAUGUCGAUCCAUCAGCAGCUUUGGCUAUGGAGGGUGUCGAAGCGUUCGUAGAUUCAAAAGAUAUACCGGAGCACAGAAGAUUCAUUGGACAGAUAAAGUACGAUGAAGAGGUUUUCGUUUCGAAGAUGGUCACGAGCCAAGGGCAAACACUUGGUGCAAUAGUUGCAGUGGAUCAAGUCACUGCGCAGAAAGCAGCUAAGUUGGUCAAAGUUGAGUACGAAGAGCUCAAGCCAAUCAUUACAAUCGAGGAAGCCAUAGAGGCCGAGUCCUUCUUUGCAGAACCGAUUGUUGUAUCCAACGGAAACGUUGAUAAAGUAUUCGCAAAAGCUGAGAACAUUGUGGAGGGAGAAAUAAGGAUUGGGGGUCAGGAACACUUUUACUUGGAAAGCCAGUCGGCUUUGGCGAAUUUCAGAGAAGAGGGUGAGCUUGAGCUUUUCUCCUCGACGCAAAACCCAACGGCGAUCCAAAAACUUACGGCCCAUGUUCUGGAUCUUCCCAUUAACAGGGUGAACAUUAGAGUGAAAAGAUUAGGAGGUGGAUUUGGAGGAAAAGAGACGAGAGAGGCCCUCGUGGCUUUACCAGUGGCCGUAGCAGCUUACAAAUUGCGAAGACCGGUCAGAUGUGUGUUGGAUCGCGAUGAGGAUAUGAUGAUAACUGGUACGAGACAUCCCUUCCUAAUGAGGUACAAAGUGAGUUUUACCAAUGAAGGACUAAUAACGGCAGCCGAAGCUCACCUUUACAGUAAUUGUGGCUAUUCUACGGAUUUGUCCACAGCGGUACUCGAAUGCGCAAUGUUAUACUUUACAAAUGGUUACAAAUUUCCGGUUGCAAAAGUCGUAGGUUACAUGUGCAAGACCAAUUUACCAUCUAAUACGGCCUUUAGAGGUUUUGGCGGACCCCAAGGAAUGUUUUGUGCUGAAAACAUUGUUCAGCACGUUGCUGAUCACCUUCAACGAGACUACGUUGAGAUCGCAGAACUAAAUUUGUACAAAGAAGGAGAUAAAACUUUCUAUAAUCAAACAGUAGAGAACUGUACGCUUAGAAGAUGUUGGGACGAAUGUUUGCACUCGGCAAAAUACAAAGAGCGUCAAAUUGCUGUGAAUGAAUUCAAUCAGAAUAGCAGGUACAAAAAGAAAGGUUUAUCCGUCGUACCAGUGAUGUUUGGCAUUGGCUAUGAGGUGUCUUUUCUCAACCAAGGUGGGUCCCUUGUUCACGUGUACACGGAUGGUUCUGUUCUUUUGAACCACGGUGGAGUUGAAAUGGGCCAAGGAUUGUACACAAAAAUGAUUCAGGUGGCAAGCAGAGUUUUAAAAGUGAAGCCUGAAAAAAUUUACACUGCAGAAACAUGUACGGACAAAGUCCCGAAUACCGUAGCAACGGCAGCUAGUUUAGGAUCCGAUCUCAACGGAAUGGCCGUUUUGAAUGCUUGCACAAAAAUCAUGAACCGCAUCAAAUACAUCAUCGACGAAAAUCCAAAUGGUACUUGGGAAGAUUGGGUGACGAAGGCGUAUUUGGACAGGAUAAGCCUUUCGGCAACUGGUUACUACCGUACUCCGGAAAUUGGCUACGAUUUCGUAACAAAUUCGGGAAAACGUUUCAAUUACUACACAUUCGGUGCCGCUUGUUCGGAAGUGGAAAUCGAUUGUCUUACGGGAGAUCACGAGGUUUUGAGAACCGACAUCGUCAUGGAUCUCGGAGAGAGCUUGAACCCAGCGAUAGACAUCGGUCAGGUUGAGGGUGGAUUCAUGCAAGGAUAUGGAUUAUUCACCCUGGAAGAAAUGGUUUAUUCACCCACGGGGGUGGUGUUCAGCCGCGGACCGGGGGUCUACAAAAUACCCAGCUUCACGAAUAUUCCACGUCAGUUCAACGUUUCGUUACUUAAAGGCUCGUCCAACCCACGCGCAGUAUUUUCCUCAAAGGCUGUAGGUGAGCCGCCGUUAUUUUUGGCGUCGUCGGUAUUUUUCGCCAUCAAAGAAGCCAUCAAAGCUGCCCGAAAGGAUGUGGGUGUCCAGGGGCACUUCAGAUUUGAUUCACCAGCAACGGCGGCUCGCAUUCGUAUGGCGUGCGUCGAUCACAUAACAAAACAGAUUGGAGAUGGCGAUGCAAAGAGACCGUGGAAUAUCGUUCCCUGAUUUACGUCGAAACGCAUGCAAAUACGGGAACAAUUUAUUGUUUGUACUUACUUAUACAUAUAUACAUUAAUAGUUACAUGAUUAUACAAUUGUUUACAAAGAAAAAAAAAUUCUUUAAUAUCUUCAAGACAAACAGAGAACGGUGUAUAAUGUUUACUAGAUAUACGACUUCUUUUGCUUGGUAAUAAAAAGUUAUGUAACAAAAAAAAAAGACAUUGUA